AUGCUCUCCAGCCUCCUCCGCAUCACGCCGCGCACGCCGACCGAGGACCCGGAGGACAUUUUCGCGACGGCGCUGGGCACCAUCUUCACCGACGACCUGCGCAACCAGCACGGCGACCCGGGCUGCCUGAUCACGUACCUGUCGCGGCGGCUGGAUGCGGGCAUCGACCUGGCCGUGGCGGAGCCGGCGGGAGAGGAGGAGCGCAAGAAGUUCGCCCACUACCUGUGGAACGCCGGCGUGUUGAUGGCCGAGCUGUGCGGUGGUCGCCCGCGGUGGGGUGUCGAGGGCACUGAGGCUGGUGAGCGCAGCAGGGUGCUUGGUGGGUUGGAGUGGCGCCUGGAUGGGGGACGCAGGCAGUGGUGGGUUGACGAAGGCGAGGAGGGAAGCUGGCGGGUUGAGGGGGAGAAGGUGUUGGAGCUCGGGGCAGGCGUGGGACUCGCCGGAAUCGUGAGUACGCUGGUCGGUGCAGAGGAGGUCGUCAUCUCGGACUACCCAGCACCGGAGAUCCUGGAAAACCUCAAGAGCAACGUGGAGAGGAAUGUUCCGGACAAUUUGAAAUCGAAGGUCUCGGUCCAAGGCCAUCAAUGGGGGGACCUGGGCUCUCCGUUUGCAGUGGCCAAUGCUGGAAGGUUUACCAGAAUAUUGGCAGCAGACUGCCUGUGGAUGCCCCAUGAGCAUCGCAGCCUGGCAAAGUCGAUGCUCCACUUUCUAUCGCCGGAUCCACAGGCAAGGGUGUUUGUAAUAGCGGGCUUCCAUACCGGGCGGGCCAAGAUGGCGCCGUUCUUUGAGAUAGUCGAGGAAGAAGGCCUGGCGAUUGACGAUAUCUAUGAGAUGGAUGCCGAGGCGAAGCGGAGGGAGUGGGCAUCUGAACGGGACGGAGGAAGAGAGGACCACGGAGAGAGGAAGAAGUGGCUUGUUGUUGCUCAACUGAAGCGUAAGCAGUAA